AUGUCCCCAUCACCCUUACCCCCCAACCUCAUCCCCGAAAUCUCCGCAUUCGUGACAAAAUGCAUGGCCGCCCACGACCCCUCCCACAACCCCCAACACGUCCACCGCGUCGUAUCCCUAGCAAACCAAAUCCUAGCCCGCGAAACAGCCCGGAACACUUCUUCUUCUUCUUCUUCUUCUUCCACAAUCUACAAUGCAGAGGUAGUGCACCUCGCCGCACUACUCCAUGAUAUCGGGGACCGGAAAUAUCUAUCGCAGGUUGCUGCCAUCUCGGAGUCUAUUCAGGGCAAGCAACAGGGUGCUACUGCUACUACCACCACCAACGCAGAGGCAGUGGAUCCUGAGCGGUUGGUUUAUCAUGUGCUUUUGGCGCAUGGGGUUGGGGAGGACGUGGCGGAGAAGGUGCAGAUGAUUGUUUCGCAUGUGUCGUAUACGACUGAGAGGGCGAAGCCGGAGGAAGUGAAGAGGUUGAUUGCGGAUGGGUAUCCGGAGUUGGGGAUUGUGCAGGAUGCGGAUCGGUUGGAUGCGAUUGGGGCGGUGGGGAUUGGGAGGUGUUUUACCUUUCUCGGGGCGAAGGGGAAGAACUUUUGUCCUGAGGGGAUGUGGGUGAUGGAUAAUGCCAUUGAGCAUUUUGAGGAGAAAUUGGUCAGGUUGGAGGGUAUGAUGAAGACGGAGACUGGCCGGGAGAUGGCGAAAGUGCGUACGGCGAGGUUAAGGGAGUUUCAGGAGUGGUGGGCGGAUGAAAUGAAAGAUGCUGUGUAG